AUGGCGCGCUUCGGCGGCCCGAUGCUGCGGAUACUUGUGGGUGAUCUGCACGUCAAUGCCUCGGCACGGCCCACGGCAGCAUGCGUCAGCUGCAGAGCGUUCAGGGGACCCGAACAUUGGGGGAGCCUCACUCGCUUCCAAGCCAGUGCAGACGGCCUCUGUCCAAUCGCCGCCGCCUUCGACAUUCUGCUGGAUAAGAGCUCAAGUGACGAAGAGCUGUCGGCCGGAAUCGACCUCGUGGUAUAUGCUGCACGUGGCGACGAGCAGGCGCUCCCGACAGCCGAGAUGGACCGGCUCGGGCGGGCGCACCUGCCUCUGUGUGAGCUCCUGGGGGUGCCUGCCGAAGUCGGACUGUGGCUCGAGCUGGUGGAUGAGGAGCAGUGUACCAUUGGCGCGGUAUCGCUGGCUGUCAAGGGGGCCAGCGCUCUGGCAGCAAUGGUGCCUGCCGACAGCAGCUUUGCUCAGCCGCUCGGCCAAAGCGCACUCGCGCGGAGGGGCUCGAUAAUGACCGGCACCACGGGCAGAUCAUACCUCGGAAAACGGUAA